UGGAAGCAACUUAUUCCGUUGGCAGGCGAUUUGUCUUGGACAUUCUGACUCGCAGUGCUCUCACGCCAUUAAAGUUCUUCUGCAGUGGUCCGGGGGAACUGGCAGUGCUUAAAUCGUUCAAAAGCAGCUGGAGUUAGCGAGGCCCACAACUCUUGUCCCUACUUCUCAUCUCCUUGACUCUACCGCUACUACACCAUGGUUUACAUUCAUCCCACCCAUGAGCGGGUUGACCCAGUCAACAACCUUAAGAAACGACAACUCGACCUUUCGCGCCACCUCUCGGUGGAAGCUAAGGCCCGCCUCCCCAACCCAAUCAAGGCUAUUUGGAAGGUCGCACAGGUCAAACCGGGAACUAUCAACAUGGGUAAUGGUGACCCACACCAUACCUUGUACCCCGUGUGCGAAAUGAAUUUCAUUGUGCCCUCCGUAAGUGAAUCGGACCCUGUGCAAGCUUGGAGAGCGGGCACCGGCGAUCAGCAGAUCAUUGCAUCGUACAAAGAUGAACCGUGUGCGUUGAGCCUGAGGACUGCCCUCGCAUACGGCGCUGGUGCCGGCCUCAAGCACGUCCGGGAUGCCCUUGCAGAACUCAACGACCGCAUUCAUGCCCCUCCGAAACACAUGGUUUCACUGAGUCUCGGCAACGCCGACGCUUUGACAAAGUGCUACCGACUUCUCGGUGACCCCGGCGACUCUUUUCUUUGCGAAGAGUUUACCUUCUCCGCCAUGACCAACGCAGCUCUUCCUUUGGGAAUCAAGUGGGUCCCUAUUCGGAUGGAUAAGGAUGGUCUUAUACCCUCCGAUAUGGAAAAAAUCCUGGCUAAUUGGGAUGAAACCUUGCAAGGCAAGCGGCCGCAUGUUCUAUACACAAUUCCAUGUUCCCAAAAUCCUACUGGAAGCACACUUUCAGCAGAGAGGCGCCGUCAGAUAUAUGAUCUCGCGCAUGAGUACGAUAUCAUCAUCCUAGAAGACGAUCCAUACUUCUUCCUCCAGUACGAUCUCGACAUCCAGACGACUACAAUCGAGUCGUAUGGGUAUACACGGGCGAUGGCCGAUGUCCUGCCUCGUUCAUUCUUAUCUAUGGAUUACGACGGCCGUGUGAUGCGGCUGGACAGCUUCAGCAAAAUCCUUGCCCCUGGCAUGCGGCUCGGUUGGGUAACCUGCAACGACUUCUUUGCCGAGAAGCUGGAUAUGUUGACGGAUUCGUCUUCUCAACAUCCUCAUGGUUUAGGCCAAGCCUUCAUCUCCGAACUUUUGGGAGGCGAAGGAUGGGGCGUCGACGGCUUUAUGAAAUGGGUUUCGUCUCUCUGUCGCGAGUAUCAACGCCGCCGCGACCUAUUUAUGGACGUGUUCCGACGGGAGGUGGAGAGUUCCGGUUUAGCUUCCGCUGAAACACCCAAGUCCGGCAUGUUCGUUUGGAUCAAGAUUAACGUGGAGCGUCACCCACGAUACAGGAAGUCUGAGAAAUUGGACAAACCUGGCGCACCGGUCACCAACACUGCGGACUUAAUGAAUGAACUGUUCCGAAAGCUUCUAGAUUGCGGUCUCGUUAUGAUGCCAGCGUCAACCUUCGCUAUUGUGGACCAGACGGGGCGAAUUCCCACUGACGGUCACAUCACUGAUCGGGUUAACUUCUUCAGGGCGACAUUUGUUGGUACGGAUGAGGUUAUCGAGGACGGCCUCAAGAUCUUUGCUCGCGGUCUUGAAGAGUUCUUCUGCUACUAAAUUUCCUGUGUUCCUGGUGGUGGGUGUAAGUUAGAUUGCAGAAGGUUCCAUGGUUUCAUUUGUACUUAUCAGUCUGGGGUAACGGGAAUUAGCCAUAUGCAUACACUACU